CAUGUACAUUAUGUGAUAACAAAAAUUAAAUAUUUAAGAAUUAUAAUCUAAUCAUUUAAGUGUACAUCAACCGAUGACUUUGAUUUAAACACAAAUUUAAACUGAAGGCUUGCUGUCAUACACAUAUUGAAAGAUGCAGUUGAUACUAUUUACCGUAUUAUCAUAUUUGACAUGUCAGGUGACAUCCAAACCAACAACAGAUGCUGAAUGGCAAUUAUAUAAACAACAGUAUACCAAAAAUUAUAAUUCAAUAGAAGACAAAUACAGACGCAUAAUUUGGGAAGACAAUAACAAAUACAUCGAGAAACACAAUGCUGAGGCUGCAGCAGAUCUCCAUACCUAUACCAUGGGACUUAAUAGCUACAGUGAUAUGAAACAUGAGGAAUUUGUAAAAACAAUGACGGGUUUAAAAAUAUCGGCUAACCCAACACCGGGGAAACUGUUUGUACCAACAGUGGAGGCUGGACGACUACCUGACACAAUGAACUGGACAGCAUUAGGAUAUGUUACAGAAGUUGGAACCCAGGGUCAAUGUGGAUCGUGCUGGGCCUUUUCUGUGAUAGGAGCAUUAGAAGGCCAGUGGUUUAGAGCUCAUCAGAAAUUAGUCCCAUUGUCUGUACAGGAUUUAAUGGACUGCUCAACAUCUGUCGGUAAUCAAGGCUGUGAAGGUGGAUUUAUAGAUAAAAGCUACGAAUUUAUACGUAAACAUCAUGGAAUUGACACGUGGAAAUCCUAUCCAUAUGUUGGCAAGAACGAAAAAUGUCGUUUUAAUAACGCCACGAUUGGAGCAACUUGCCGAGGAUACACCGACAUUAAAAAGGGUAACGAAGAUGACCUCUACGUGGCUGUUGGGUCAAUUGGUCCAGUGGCUGUUGCUGUAGAUGCUAAUCAAGCCUCGUUUGGGAUGUAUAAGAGUGGAGUGUACGAUGAACCUAAAUGUUCGUCAACAAUACUUUCUCAUACAUUACUGGUCACUGGUUAUGGAACGUACAAAGGGAAAGAAUAUUGGCUAGCUAAGAACAGUUGGGGCACCUCCUGGGGAAUGAAUGGUUACAUUAUGAUGUCAAGAAAUAAGAAAAAUCAGUGUGGUAUAGCAAGCCUGGCCAGUUACCCAAUGGUAUAGUAAGCCUGGCCAGUUAUCCAAUGGUUUAGUGAGCCUGGCCAGUUAUCCAAUGGUUUAGUGAGCCUGGCCAGUUAUCCAAUGGUUUAAUGACUUUCAAAAGAUUCUCAACACUUGUAUUUAGAUUAGAACGGACAAACAAAAAAAAUAGAACUGAAUGAAAAUUAAC